AGAGGGAAAGGGGGGAGAGGAGAGAGGAGAGAAAAAAAAGCAGCUGGAAAGACAAUCUAUUUCAUCUUGACUCAUCAUCAUUCCAAGAUAGUGGCAUCUCUGGGGCUCUCUGCUAAUGUUAAUAUGGUACAGAAGAUUUAAAAUUAGCUGAUGUUCACAAGAAAAAGAGUCACGUGAUGUAUGAAGGCAAACAUAUACACUUUUCUGAGGUUGAUAAUAAGCCAUUGUGCUCCUACAGCCCCAAACUGUGUAAGCAGAGGCGACUAAAUGGCUACGCCUUCUGUAUCAGGCAUGUUCUGGAGGAUAAGACCGCCCCUUUCAAGCAAUGUGAAUAUGUGGCGAAGUACAAUAGCCAACGCUGCACCAACCCUAUCCCUAAAUCUGAGGACCGUAGGUAUUGCAACAGUCACCUACAAGUUCUUGGCUUUUUACCGAAAAAGGAGAGGAAGAAAAAGAACGAUCCAACAGAAGAGGUAAAAGUCCGGCACCAGAUGGAUUCAAUAGCCUUCAGCCUGACAGUUCCUCCACUGGCUUUGAAGAUGCCCAAUGGCCUGGAUGGGCUGUCUCUUUCUCCACCAGGGGCCCGGCUUCCUCUCCACUACUUAGAAGCAGAAUUGGAAGACCCCUUUGCUUUCAACGAGGAAGAUGAAGAGCUCAAGAAAGGGACAGCUGUGAAGAAAAAGUUGCAGAGCAAAUUAGCCCAAAACCGUCAACGCCAGAAAGAAACUGAGAUUCUGAAAGUUCGCCAAGAGCACUUUAGCCCCGUUCCUGCACCUUUGCAGCAGCAGCCUUUGCAACCACAGCAACAUGCCCAUCUCUCACAUAUACCAACAUCUUUAAAGCCAGCAGUGCUCCCACAGGGCUUAGUCUGCAAGUCACCUCAACCUCAGAAUACCAGCCUACCAAUGCAGGGAGUGGCACCCACCACACAUGCUAUAGCACAAGCCAGGCAGUCGGCCAACAAAAGACCUCUGCCUCUCUUGCACCCUACUAAAGUCCAUGCCCCAGACCCACCCAGGGCUGACAGGAUCCUAAUGAAAGCCACAGCCUUCUCCCCGUAUUCAUUCUGUAGGAGCCGGUUACAGAGACUGGUGAAACUGUGCACUCAAAAACAUCAGCUGGAUGCUGACCUCUUUCCACAUUUAGGGUUGGACUGGUCUGAAGAUAGUGGAGAAGAACUGGAAGAAUUAGACCAAACCUCUCCAUACCAGGUUGCAUGGUCUAUCCGGGAGGCCCUCAGAUAUGAAAGGAAUGAGCCUGAUGAUGAUGAUUAUGCCAGUGGCAGGAGAACCCGCAUUUCCCAACUUUGCACUUACUUUCAGCAGAAAUACAAGCACCUCUGCCGCCUGGAGCGGGCAGAAUCUCAACAAAAGAAAUGCCAACAUACAUUCCGGAAAGCAUUGCUGCGGGCAGCAAACAGAGAACCGGAAUAUGCUGGGCAGCUGAUUCGAGAACUCCAUAGAGCUUCAUGUCCUCGGACCAGUACUAGCUCAUCACUUUGUGAGACUUCCAUAGAUGUAGAAGAUAUCCUCUUGAAUCGAUCGCAGCAGCUUUUUUCAAGUUGUACAGCUAAGUUUGCUGAUGGACAGCAAUGCUCUGUGCCCGUUUUUGACAUUACACAUCAGACCCCCUUAUGUGAAGAACAUGCCAAAAAAAUGGAUAACUUCUUGAGAGGAGACAGCUGUCGCAAAGUUCAACACCAGCAGCAGAAGAAACCCAGGAAAAAAACGAAGCCCCCGGCGCUUACCAAAAAACACAAGAAAAAGAGAAGACGAGGACCACGCCGCCCCCAAAAGCCAAUUCCUCCUGCUGUGCCCCAAGGAAACCUUAUUAUGCCCACCAGCAUCUCACUGCCAAUGGAGUUAGCUCAUAUACGGAGUCCCUCCACACCUGAGCUGAGUACAGAUGAGCUGCCAGAUGACAUUGCCAAUGAAAUCACAGACAUUCCACAUGACCUGGAAUUGAAUCAGGAGGACUUCUCUGAUGUCCUACCACGACUGCCUGAUGACUUGCAAGAUUUUGAUUUCUUUGAAGGUAAAAAUGGAGACCUCCUCCCUACCACUGAAGAGGCAGAGGAACUGGAACGGGCCUUGCAGGCUGUAACUUCUCUUGAGUGCCUGAGUACUAUUGGUGUGCUCACUCAAACGGAUGGCGUACCAGUUCAGGAACUAUCGGACAGAGGAAUAGGGGUGUUUUCCCCAGGUGCUGAAACUUCAGGAAUUCAAUCUUUGAGCCGAGAAGUCAAUGCAGAUCUAGGUGAGCUGCUGAAUGGGCGCAUAGUACAUGAUGACAAUUUCUCUAGCCUGGAUCUUGAUGAGAACUUGCUCCGUUCUGCUACCUUAUCCAACCCAUCUACGCCCCUGGCAGGGCAGAUUCAGGGGCAAUUCUCUGCCCCAGCCAACGUUGGCCUUACUUCGGCUACUCUGAUAAGCCAGAGUGCGCUUGGGGAGAGAGCCUUCCCAGGACAGUUUCAAGGACUUCACGAUGGCAGCCAUGCCUCCCAGAGGCCACACCCUGCCCAGCUGCUAAGCAAGGCAGAUGACCUAAUCACCUCACGACAGCAAUACAGCAGUGACCAUUCACACUCCUCACCCCAUGGAAGCCAUUAUGACAGUGAGCAUGUGCCAUCACCUUACAGUGACCAUAUAAGGUCCCCCAGUUCCACCUCUUAUUCUAGCGAUAAUUUGGCAGCUACUUUCUCUACUGAGAUGCCCAUCAUAGCACAGCAUCUGCUCCCAUCGCAACUGGAGGUGCCACUUAGUGGCGUGGUGAAUCCCAGAACUCACUGGGGGAGUCUCCCCGUAAACCUUGGUGACCCUUCUCCAUUUAGUAACCUGCUUUGUGCAGAUGGACACCUCCUUUCCACUUCCCUGUCUACACCACCUACUACAUCGCACUCAGAGACCACCCAGCCUGCCUUCGCCACCGUAACCCCCAACAGCUCCAGCGUGCUUCCGGGGUUACCACAGACCAGUUUCAGUGGCAUGGGUGCUGCAUCUUCUGAACUCAUGGCCUCCACUUCUCCUAAGCAGCAGCUCCCACAGUUCAGUGCAGCCUUUGGCCACCAACUAAGCUCCCACAGUGGCAUUCCCAAGGACCUGCAGCCCAGCCACAGUUCCAUAGCUCCUCCAACUGGCUUUGCAGUAACAGGUGCCACAGCUACAAGUACCAAUAAUGCAUCAGCUCCUUUCACCACCUCCAGCUGAGUUUGUCUGCCUGUGAACGACAGGCAGUUUGGGUACCUUAUGUAACCAUCAUUGUAUCCACCACCACCUUUUCUCUUCCUGGUUUUUGUCACCCCUUCUUUUUAAAGACUUUUUUUUAUUUAAAACAAAAAAGAGGGGCAAAUGUCCUGAUUCAGUACAGACCAGGGUUUUCCUGUUAAGCUCUGCUCUAAUUAUCCUAUGUGCUGUU